ACGCUUAACGUUUGUUUAAAAUUCCUGCAAAUUGACGCAAGCGAUGCACCACACGUUUCGCUAAAAAUUUCAAAAUUCAUCCGGGGGUAAAAAAAUUGUUUUUGUUUGAAACGCUUGCGCUUCAUAAUUGAUCCUUUACGCCCUGCUGCUACGAUUUAAUUGUAACGUAACACUGUAAAAGCACCCGUCAUGUGUGAUCAUUGUGCCAAAAUUAUCAGCCAAAAAGGAUACGCCGGUCAGGUGACGUGUCGGUGCGACCAGGAUGAGAAAAAGAACAGCACUGCCGUCAAGGAAAAGAGCAUCGGUGGAUGCUGCAGCAAAAGGGCGAGAGAAGCAGCCGGCGGUUGCUGUAUGUCAGGUUGCUGCAAACUGCGAGGCAAGGACGAAUUGAAGCAGGAAUGCUGCGAGAACGGCAAGCAGGCGAAGAACAACGCGGAGGGAUGUUGCGCGGAAAAUCGCAAAUAACUCCGACAAAUUCCCGCAUCGUGUAUCUUAAUUAGAAAGAACUACCGUCACUCUGCCAUUCCCAUCCAGCGUAACAUUGUUGCGUCGCGAGCGCGCGCGUUGGCACCGGCGCGGAAAUAUUCGAAUAAUAAAAAUAUCGAAAGCCGUGUACGAAUUCGUUUCGAAGCCGUGACCGCUUCCUCUUUCGCGCAUGUUUCGGCCAUUUGCGCGCUCCUCGAGGUAUUUCGAUGACUGCAUUUAAUCAAAGCUACCGUCAAAUAUCGCUCCAAGCUGGCUUUCCGAUAAUUACGUUUAUAGCAAAGGAUAUGGACGAAUAAAUACCCAUAAAAAUAGUGUUGUCGGUGCUUACAUUUUUCAACAAGAUCCAAACAAAAUUCGGUAAUUAUGCAAUAUAGAGGAUGCAGUGACUUUGACCUUGACAUAUGUUGUCAAGGUCAUCACUCUGAGUAAUGUGCAGAAGGUCUUAGG